GCUCAUCAGUUUUUCUUUUCGCUUGUCAAGUGAGCAGGAAGAGAAAUGUCUGGCCGCGGCAAAGGAGGUAAAGGUCUGGGGAAAGGAGGCGCCAAGCGCCACCGUAAAGUUCUCCGCGACAACAUCCAGGGCAUCACCAAGCCCGCCAUCCGCCGCCUGGCUCGCCGCGGCGGAGUCAAGCGUAUCUCCGGCCUCAUCUACGAGGAGACUCGCGGAGUGCUCAAGGUUUUCCUGGAGAAUGUCAUCCGCGACGCCGUCACCUAUACUGAGCACGCCAAGAGGAAGACGGUCACCGCCAUGGAUGUGGUCUACGCUCUUAAGAGGCAGGGCCGCACUCUGUACGGCUUCGGAGGCUGAGCACCAACAACUCCAAUAAUAUAACAACAAAGGCUCUUUUCAGAGCCGCCCACAAAGCACUCAAGAGCUGAUUUCCCUACUAAUUUAAUUUGAACAUUGUGAAAACUAUGAUUUUUGUUCUCAAAUGUGAAAAUGUAUUGUCCAGCAAGCAGAGACGUUUCCUUAUUUACUCUGAAUUUA